AUGUUCACAUUAAGUUCAAAAAGUUUAGCUGUUGAAGGUUUAUCAACUCUUAAUAAACUUGUAGAAACCGCUGGAGAAAUAUUUGUUUCUUUGUCAAACUAUUCUUCUUUUGAAGAAAAUAACGAGAAAGAAUUACAACUAAAAGUUAUAGAAAGUCAUGAAAAAUAUAAAAAAGUUUUUGAGGAAUUAAAAGGUUUGAUAACGCAAAUUAGUGAUUUUCAGGAAAAGAAAAUUGAAGAGGAAAAAGCUAAAGAAAAUAAUAUGGAUACUUCAGAUCCUAUAAUCACUCAGUUAAUAGAAACACGUGAUUCACUCAUUCAAGAAUCGAGUUUAUCAAUAGAUCAAGAUUAUGUGAUUUAUAUUAUCGACCCAUCAGCUCUAAAACAAUCAAGUCAAGCUGAACUGUGA